CCUCCGCGUCCCCAAGGGCUUGACCGCCUGCAUCCGCGCGGCAGCCGGGGCAGAGCUCAGAACAGGAGAGGGGAGGGGGCGCCACCGCCACCGGGCCCUCCAGCCACCCACCCCUCCCGACAUGUCGCGCUCCUUCUAUGUCGACUCGCUCAUCAUCAAGGACUCCUCGAGGCCCGCGCCCUCGCUGCCUGAGCCGCACCCCGGGCCAGAUUUCUUCAUCCCGCUGGGCAUGCCAUCCCCGUUGGUGAUGUCUGUGUCGGGGCCCGGCUGCCCGUCCCGCAAGAGUGGCGCGUUCUGCGUGUGCCCACUCUGCGUCACUUCGCACCUGCACUCCUCCCGCGGGCCAGCGGGCUCCGGCGGCGGGGGCGCUGGGACGGGGAGCGCAGGGGCCGGGGGUAGUGGGGCGCCGGGGGGCGCCGGGACCCUGCCCCUGCUCAAGAGUCAGUUCUCUUCCGGUCCUGGGGACGCGCAGUUCUGCCCGCGCGUCCAUCAUCACCAUCCGCCGCAGCACCACCUUCACCACCAUCAGCCCCAGCAGCCAGGCUCUGCCGCUGCUGCGGCGGCCGCGGCGGCCUUGGGGCACCCUCAGCACCACGCACCUGUCUGCGCCGCCGCCACCUACAACGUGGGGGACCCGCGGAGAUUCCACUGCCUCGCCGUGGGGGGCUCGGACGCCGGCCAGGUGCCCAAUGGCAAGAGGAUGAGGACGGCCUUCACCAGCACGCAGCUCCUGGAGCUCGAGCGGGAAUUCUCUUCCAACAUGUACCUGUCCCGACUGCGGAGGAUCGAAAUCGCGACAUACCUGAACCUGUCGGAGAAACAGGUGAAAAUCUGGUUUCAGAACCGCCGGGUGAAGCAUAAGAAGGAAGGGAAGGGCACACAGAGGAACAGUCACGCGGGCUGCAAGUGUGUCGGCAGCCAGGCGCACUACGCGCGCUCGGAGGAUGAGGACUCCUUGUCGCCGGCCUCGGCCAAUGAUGACAAGGAGAUUUCUCCCUUAUGAGGGAGGGCUGCCUCCCCCUCACCACACGCUCCUAGCAGUCCCCACAGCACCCACGCGGCAGGCACGCAAGGGCCCACAUCCUCGCCCAUUGCGUGGUCCCAUCUGGAGGAGGAGGAAGCUGAGCCCUCUCGGGUCACAGGAGUCCGGCCUGACCCUUGGCAUCUCCUCCUUGAUCUAUAAGUUUUAAGCUCCACUCGAACUUAUAGAUCGGUUUUUUUUUAAAUGUAAAUAAUCUAGAUUCAACUCAGUCUUGUCAUAUAACAGAGGGGGAGAAAACCAGGGUUGAUUUAAGUUUAACACUGUAUGGGGGGUUUUGAAAGUGCACGUCCUUUCCUAUCAUCUUUCAGAACCUAAGAACAUCGAGUUUCUUGAUUAUUUUCUGCUGUUGUUUUUUUUAAAUGAAAGCAUUGAAUUGCAAAUAAUUUAGAAAAUUAAGUAAGUCCUGUAGGUCUCACUUUCUGAAAAUUUGCCUGGGGAGAGAUUGGAAUUCAAGUUGCUGGAUGUCCCUUUGUGUGUGAAUAGUUUUUUAUAAAAUUUAUAUUUAUAUUU